GUUUUUCACGUGUUUUUCUAAUGUUUGCCUAAACUUUGGCGUCGCUGCGUUGUCCUUUCUUCCCAUGGAUUCACCCAGCAAGGAGUCCCCUCGCAAGAGCCCGGACACGCUGCCCAUCAGCAGCUUCCGUGGCCCGGAGGUGAAUGUGCCGUGGAGUGAACGGGCGGAGCUGACGUUGGAGCAGAAAUUGGAGGAUGCCGCCCAGCGACUCCAAGUCGCACAGGAGGAGCUCCAGCAGCAGGAACAGCACGUGGGCUCCGGAAGGUAUCCGUUGACAUUGAAGACCCGCAAGCAAGAGCCCGACUUUGCUUCUCGUGCAGCGGAUGCACAGAGGAUGCUUCGCAUACAGAGGGAUCCUCGCUUUCUGGAGUUGCAAGAAGCUUUAAAUGCACAGACAGCAGAAGUGCAGAAACCCGAAAAAAAGAGUUUCAUGGGAACUCGAGAGACCAAAGAGUCUUGGAAGCAACAACUGUCGGAUGGACUUCGGAAGUUGAUCCAAACUGUGAACAUGAGCCUCGAUCCGAGCAUGGCUGAAAAGCAGCUGGAGAAUGUUUACAGGUGGUAUGUGGCAUCACGACCAGGGUUCUCAGGAGCUCCCUGCCAAGCAGGUGAUGCUCCGAGUCCUGGUCGUCCGGCAGAGAUGGGUUUCUACAACUUCUGUGCAGACGAAGUCUUGCGGCAUCCUGCUCCACCGGGAUCGGCCUAUUUUACCAAAGAGGAUCAUGAAGGUGAUUUGAUGACCUCUCAAUCUGUGGAGCGUGUGGAGGAGGCCGACACUGUCAAGAUGCUUGCAGGACGUCCCAUGGCUGAGGCUCGUUUGGCCUCGCCUAAGGAACGCCUCAAGGAUUUCAGCACUAGAGCCAUCGUUCGGCCUUUGACGGCAAGGAAACUGAAGGACUUGGCUGGUGAAAGGCCAGAAGAGCCCAACCGCCCACUCACGCCCUCAACGACCGAAGGAGGCUUUACAGCACGUUCACUGGUGUCAGCAAGGUCGACCGCUGUUGCUGGAGUUUCACGACCCACCUCGGCGAUGAGCAUGGCUCAGAGCGCUGUAAGUCGUGGUGCCACGCCGACCCCACGGAGUGUGGCUCGCCGGCCUCAGUCAGCAGCUUCUGUGGAUUCUGUGGUUCCUCCUCUCCCGCAGACUGUGGAAGAGAACACCAACCCUGCUCCGGAAGAGUAUACAUUGCCAUAUCCUGGCACUGAAGCGGAGUGGAAUAUGGAAAGGCGUUGGAUGCUCAGAAGAAAUCGGGCCAUCACUGACAAGGUGAUGGGGCAAGAGAGGAACUCAGCACUUCGUGCAUGGGCCGAACGCCGCGCACGAGUUGAAGAAGAGAUCAGCCGGACAGCGGAGGCUACUCGUUUUCAAUGUGCCUUGAAAGAUAGAAGGUAUAUUGAGCCUCCAGACGCUGAGGAGGACAUUGAAGCAACAGUUACCUGCGAGGACGAAAGCAGCAGUCGACCUUCUCACACACCAGCUGUGCGCAGGUCGGAUCCUCCUCGCAUUGAUGUUUCGCAGCCACAGGUUUUCUCACAGGUGACUCGCUUUGCCGUGGAGAAACCAAAGCAGAAACCUUUAAACUCAAGGAUUGCGCACCUUCGACGGAUUCAUGCCCACCUCCUUGCCGACGCUCAAAUCUCAGACCCAGACUCUGAGGAGGACAGAGGUGAAAGAGACAACAGUGCUGAGUGCAACACGUUGAGUGCAUAUGCACCGACAGCACCACCUCCCCGCAGGGAGGAUGAUUCUGACGUUCUCAUCGGCGUUUGUGAUUGGUGGAAGCAUUUUCAUGCUGAUCCUGACCAGCAGGACGGCACAUCGGCCGUUUUGGACGAGAUGCGCUUCCACCAGAUGCAAGAGGUUGAAGAGAUCAAAAGAGUCUUUUCUAUCAGGAACGUCCCAUUGAACGUGCCCGUGCUAGAGCGGGCUUUGGUCAUGCCUGCUCACAAGAUGAAUCCUGGGCAUCUUAACGGCAUCUACCUGGUGAACACACACCCGGACUUGCUGUCAAAUCCGUUCAUUGCGAAGAAGAAAAAGAAGUUGAAAAAAAAGCGUGGCAAAAGCGCCAAGAAAGGAAAAGCCAAAUCACGGAGUUCCUCUGCAAAAGGCGAGGAGACGCACAAUGGACCUAAUCAUCAAUGCAAAGCAUGAUUUGUGCAAAGCCCAAAGCCUACAUAGGAGUUGAAAAGACUCCAAGUGAUACGCAUACAUGACAGUCAUACUUCUACAUAUCCCCGUGGUUUUUGCAAGCAGGGAUGUCCAUUUUUGUGCAACCUUCUCCUUUUUGGUUUGCGGGAAGAGAAAUUGCAUUUUUGUUGCUUCGGUUUUCUCCCUUGGAGGAAAGAAGAAAUGAGACGACAAUAGAUUCUAUCGUUGUACUGGGAUUUGAAUUGCAAAUAACUACAAUAUUGUAAGGGCUUCGCCCGGGUGCCGCCGACCCCUUUUCAAGAGG